AUGAGCGAACGACCGACGUCUCCCUCCAGGGGCUCAGAGAGCGAUGUUGGCCGUCGACAGUCGUCCUCGAUAGAGUUGCCAGGUGGUAGUGCUGGUAGUGCUGGUAGUGCUGGUGCUGGUGCUGGUGGUGGCCGCGGUGAUGGCUCGGAACAGUCCAGCAGCCAGUCGUCUCCGGUGCUGAACGUCUUCAGCGAUGCAUUCUCGGUCGAACGGCUAGAUACAACAUCAUCGAACAGCCAGAGACAAUCUGUCAACAGCCUCUCGAGCCACUCGUCGUCGAGCUCUGACAAAACAGAAACUGGAGACGCACAGGACCAAGGCCCUAUCCUCCCGCUUCCCACCAGCCCCUUCCAAGGCAUCCCGGAGUCACUGGAGAGACGCGCCUCUUUACUGCUCCAACAGCAGCAGCAGCAACAGCAGCAGUAUCACCAGCAGUAUCAACAACAUCAGCAAACAGUGCUGCCACAGAUUCCGGAUAAGAAACAUUUCCUCCCCGAUGCUGGUCCUGUACCCCGAACGGCAUCACCUGCUGUUUCCAUCGCUCAGAGUACAGCGUCUGCUGGCCAUCGAAGCGUCAGCACCGUCUCCAGGCUCUCCAUUCCUCCCCGCGCGCUGAGUCCUUACACCGGCCAGACAGGACCUAGCCAUCCAUAUGCCAUGUACUCCCAAGGAAUCUCUGUCAACAGAACGUCGUCUAUCUCCUCGAAUUCAACGGUACGAGUUCCCGAGCGGAAUUUCGUUGCUGCUGCCCCGCCGCAGCAUCCCUACGCGCUAUACUCGCAAAAUACUGUCCCUGAACAUGUCCCAGACGAACCUCUCAACACCACCGUCCCUCUCCCCUUACCAGGUCACCCUCAAGUAUACAGCCAACCCGCUACAGCUCCUGUUGCAGACGAGGUUGGAGAUAUCUUAGGCACAGACGGAUAUAGGGAACAGCUCCCUCCUUACUCUCGUUACCCUGAUGGUAUUCCGGUGAAAUCUUACUACGCGCCCACUACGCCAAUUGGUGCUGCCGGUGCUACUACCAACAAUUCCUCACAACCUCUAGAAACGCCCGUCUCGCCAGUAUCACAAGUUUCGUCCCGCACAUUUCUUACUGAAAAUAACCCUGCCGCUGCUGCCCCCGCAGCGGACUCAUCUGCCGUCGAAUCAGGCAACACGUCACAGGAAAAGGUCAAUGAAAAGAAAAUGCGGAGGAAUCAGAAAAUCUGCUGUGGCCUACCACUAUGGAUCAUUGGUCUCAUUGGUGUAGGUUUGAUUACGGGAACACUCAUAGGGGGUGUCCUUGGUGGGAUCGUAGGAGCCCGUCAAGGCAAGAAAGACAGUGACAAGACCACCCCAGAUCCAGAUCAUCGACCAACACCAUCCUUACCACCAACUCCGACAGCUAGUGGGAUCUUGGAUGCUAUACCUAUACCAACCGGAAGCGGCGCUCCUACUUUCCCACCCAUCCCUACAGGUCCCAUCUCGAUCUCGGGAAGGACGUUCAAUUCCCUGUCUCAGAGCUGCGUCAACACCACUAGCCUUAGGCUCUCUUGGGACUGCGUGGAUUAUGGCCAUUUCAAAGGAUCCAUAAGCAGCGGCCCCAACAACACCAGGACAAUCAGAUUUCCCCAAACAUCUAUCACCGGAAAGUUCAUAUACGGGGACCAGGUACCAGCUUUAGGAGGCAGGGAUUUUAAGCUGGAACCCGCAUAUGACAUGACAUCCCCUGAGGAUGGUCCUGCGUACUUUUUCUAUACCACCUUUGACAAGCUCGUCAUUGUCCCUAAGGAUGAGUUUCCCUCAGGCGUCGUGGGGAAAUCAGUGGAAAAGUCAGCUCUAUUCAAGCGUUCCGGCAACAGGUCAGGAAAGGUUCAGUCUCAGCCGGGUGAUAAACCGUGGUUUUGCUGGUGGAAUACAACCUACAUCGAAGCUUUCAUAUACGCCACUAAGAACGCAACGGAAGACGACAUGAAGACCAGUGGUGACGGUCCCGAUGACGGCAUAUUUUCAAUGCCACCAACGGGUUUCCCUCGUGCAUCCACUGUGACUUCCUCAGCAUUACCUACCGCGACACCUACCACUAUGUCCGGCGAAGGUAGCGAAGACCUACCGCAAGCUUAUCCCCAAGCCAUGAAAAUAAAAGAACUUCGAUACUCUGACGCCAGCCCAUCUCCACCAUACUGCCAACAGAUGCAAGUUUUGGAUGACGGGAAUCUAUCAAUGCUAGAGUCCCAAGUUAUCAUCGAAGAGAAAGACUCCUCAUCUAGUCCAGAUAACGACGAUGUCGGUAUUGGCAGUAAAAUGGCUCGCCGGUCCGCGCUAAUAGGGCCCAGAGACGCUGCAACCGACCAAUGUUAUUGUGAAUGGUUAUAUGGUAACUGA